UUUUGAAGCUUCUUUUGUUUCGGCAAACCUGACUUGGAGGCCGAAUAUGAACAUAAAAGUACUGGUGAGCAAAUGUCCUUCAAUUCCUGGGCUGUAAAGGUAGUGGGGCAAGGAUGAUUGGAUUAAAAUAAUGUACGUUAAGUAUAACUGGAAAUCACAAGCUUGAACUAUUUUGGAGUUCGGCGCCAUUAAGAAUGGAGAUGGGUGGUGGAUGGAAGUCUAUAGCACAAAUUUAUGAUAGACAACCAAACAUGGUUUCCAUUUGAUCGGCAGGUCAGGGAGACUUAGGUGAUCUUCAUUAUUUUCUUGGCAUUCAGACCAGUCAAAAUAAUAAAGUCCUCUUGCGUCUCGUACUACUUUGUCUCUCACUGAUGGCGAGCUCCUUGCAGAUUCCAUUGAGUAUUGCAGUAUGGUAGAUGCAUUACAGUAUUUAACUUUGACAAGACCUGGUAUUACUUAUGCAGUGAAUUUAAUUUCUCAAUUUAUGCAUGCUUCUCGUACCACUAACCUUCUUGCGGUCAAGAGAAUUUUCAAAUACUUGCAGAGUACCCUAGAUCAUGAUAUGUGGCUUAAACUCAUGCCUAAGGCCACAUGCAUUGUUGCAUACUCACAUGCUGAUUGGGCUGGUUGUUCAGAUAAUUCUCAUUUGACCACUAGCUUUGUUGUUUUCCUGGGGCCCAAUCUCGUGUCUUGGAAGUCCAAGAAGCAACAUACUGUCUUCAAAUCCUCUGCAGAAGCGGAGUAUCAUGGAAUUGCUUACACUAUUCAGGACACAUUGCAUAUUUGAUCUAUUCUGUCUGAGCUUGGGUUUGUUGUGACGACAUCUGUUUCAUCACUUCUGUGACAAUAUAUUUGAUUCUUACUUGACAACAAAUCCAGUUCAACAUACUCGGGGCAAGCAUAUCCAGAUUGAUUACCACUUUGUGCGUGAGCGUGUGACUCGUGGAGACCUGAUUGUCAAAUAUGUGCCUACUAGUCUUCAGAUGGCGGAUAUAUUUACUAAGAAUCUUUCUAGUCAGCAAUUUCAUUUUUUAAAAGACAACAUGUGCGUUGUAUCUUCCGCACAAUUUGAGGGGGUGUAAUAGCCUAAUAUUAAAUUAGGAAUAAUUAUUUUAGGUAAUUCUCUUAUAUUAUAAAUGUAACCGCCAAGACUCCUCUUAGGGUAUCAUUUCCCAUUAUUUCAC